CUGAACAUGACGGGAGAGAAGAUUAGAAAACGGCCAGGAAGCCGUGGGAAGUACGAGUAACCUCAACGCCUCUCCAAGAGUCUGCGCAUUGUCGACGUUGGAACGUGUCACGUGUAACAACAAACGAGCAACUGUCCUUUCCACAAGAUUCAGUGUUGUGUUCUGUCUUGGUGGUGGUGACCCACUCCCUGGCAGCUCCAGCUAUUCUAACCGACUCGCUACGCUACGUUAACUUAAACUUUCUCUCUUGGCUUUGGUGACCUGGGUGUCGGUUGGGGUCGCGGAGGGUAGUUUUCGGCAUCCAUGGAGUCCUCCGCCACAGCGUGGCUCACGCGCUGCUCUGACGCCGUUUUGUCUGCCGUAGCGCUGCGUGCGUCCUACAAGCUAUUUAAGGACCACAGGGGCCCUUCGGUUGGCUUUUUUGUGCUUGGCCUCUCUGCAACACUUUGCAUCCUCCAUCCCUUCAGCUCGUACCUGGCCUCCCUUCAGAGAGAAGCAGAGUGGGCCGCGGAGGUGCUGGCCCCAGCGCUGGUCUCCUUUGACUUCCUCUGGCUCAGUCAGGACCACAACACUGCUCGUGUGCUCCUGUGUGGCUCCUGUCUGCUGCUGGGACUCUCCGACUGGCUCUCCGAAGACACCCUCACCACCAUGACUCGCUGCCUGGGUCUGACAUCCAUGUCCUGCUGCCUGACGGUGUGUCUGUUUGCUGGAAAUGCUUUAGGGGCCUUGGGCGGGGUGGCCCUCAGCCUUCCAUCACUUCUGGCUCAGAGAGUGGGAGCCAAAGCUCUUGAUCCUCUAUCGGCAGCUUCAGAAGGACUGACGAAAUGGCUUUUGAAAGGCUCAUUAACGAUGGAGGAAGGUGGUGAGGAGGAGGAGGAGGAGGAGGAGGAGGAGAAAAGGGGAGGAGAAUGGAUGUAUGCCUUCUACUCCCUUUUAGUCUACAUCUUCUACACUGUCUUUAAGAAAGAGGAGGAGGAUGCCUUGGAAGGGGCAAGUGGAGCUUCCCCAGACGAGCCGGGACCUGUUUCCAUGGAAACAGGGAGCAGGAGGAGAGAUGGCCACACCCCCAGGAUGAGAAAAAAAGCUUGUGCUCACUUUAGUGAGUCAAGCAGUAGCAGCGACAGUGAUGAACUGAGUGAUGAGAUUGAGGAUAAUGCUUCAGACAUCCCAGCAUGUACUCCUCUAGCCGCCUUUUUGACUUUCAAGCAAGAGACCGAAAAGAGGAAAGCCUCCCAGGCUCACCUGGAAACAGCAGGAAAGCUGGCAGACUCUCCCCUGGUGGCCGUGAUGUCCCACUUGCUGAGUUUUCUGGAGCAGUACUCCCACUUCCAGCAGCUGCAGCAACAAGCCGACCAGUACCGGGUCCAGCUGAAGAGGCACCGCGUCCAGCACCGCCGCCAGAUGAAGGCUCUGAGGGCCUCCUACCGCCAGCGCCUGCGGGACAAGAACAGCAUCAUAAGCAGCCUGGAGGAGGCCAUCAGUCAGCAACCCAGCCCCAGCUCCCUCAGUGAGGGUGAGUCUUGCAGUGAUGGAGGGGCUCAAGCUGGGGUUCACAGGCUGGUAGAGUCUCUGUAUGGCCUGCAGGGCGAGAGGAGUAAAUUAAGAGGAGAACUACGUCUGCUGCAUUCACAACUGGAGCAAAAAGAGAGAGACAGACACUGUCGGAUACAAUCCUUUCAACAGCAGAUUGACGAGCUCAAGAACUGCAUAGAGGAGCGAGAGGAGGAGCUUUCACGGCUAAAGACAGCCACUGGGGCCACGGACUCAGAGAAGCGGGUGCUGUGUCUCUCUGCGGAGAACGAGGGCCUCAAGCAGAGUCUGAGCGUCACACAAGGCCUCCUGCAGCAGCUGUCAGCCAUCCCGUCCCAGUCCAGCACCAUGCUCAUCAAGGAGAAUGAGAAUCUCCGCAGCAGGGUGCAGCAGCUGGAGCUCUCGCUUCAGCAGCGCGCUGAGCAGCUCUCACAGCUGGAGCGAAAGAGUGAACAAAGUGACUGGAGGAAAGGCGAGGAGCUGAGGAAACGAGAAGACCGAGUGAGGGAGCUGCAGCUGGAGCUGGACAGAGAAAGAGGCAAGGAGCCGGUUGUUAAGUAUGUCACCCAGACUGUGGAGGUGGAAUCACCUGCUACAGUAAAGCAGCUGAAUAAAGCCAGGCAGAGGAAUGAAGUGCUGUCAGAGAGGCUGUCCGGUCAGAAUGAGCGGUGCAAACAUCUGGAGGAACAGAUCAGGAAGUCGGAUGAACACAGCUGUAAUCUGCAGCACAAGAUCGCGGCAUAUGAGCGAGAAAUCGGCAAACUGAGGGAGGAGCUGCUGAGGGAGAUCGGCCACUUGGAGGAGAAGAAGGAGGAGGCGGUCAAGGCUGCGGCCAGCUGCUCGGCCGAACACUUUCAGAGCCUGCAGGACCAAUUCUUCACCUUGCAGAAGCGUCUGACCGCACUUCCACCAACUUUACGUUCCAUGAAAACCGACUACGCCAGCUUGAGGAGCCAGGUCCGAAAUUUCUCUGAGUUUUAUGGAGCAGCUAUCAGUGAAGCAAAAAAGCAGGUUUCAGCCGCUAUCAGUGAGAUGUCUGAAGCCAACAAAGAUCUUCUAGAGAAAUACAGGAAAGAGGUUGCACUGCGCAGGAAGUAUCACGAGCAGCUGGUGGAGCUUAAAGGUAACAUCCGCGUGCUGUGUCGGGUGAAACCCGUGCUUAAGGAAGACCAACACGAAGAGGGCCAGUCUGUGGUUGUGACCACAGACCCCAACAAUGAGUCCUCCCUCACUGUGCUCAGCAAAGGAAAGGGCCGCGUCUUUGAGCUGGACAAGGCUUUCCACCCACAGGCCACUCAGGAAGAGGUAGUCUUUCAGGAGAUAGAGCCCCUCGUGACGUCCUGCAUUGAUGGCUACCACGUCUGCAUUUUUGCAUAUGGGCAGACAGGCUCGGGAAAGACAUACACAAUGGAGGGAAGUGUAGAAAACCCAGGAAUAAACCAGCGAGCUCUUAAACAUCUCUUCAGUGAGAUCGAGGAGAGAAAGGACAUGUGGUCUUACUCUGUCACAGUCAACUCUGUGGAGAUCUACAAUGAGGUGCUCAGAGACCUGCUGAGUAAGGAUGGAGAGAAACUGGACAUAAAGAUCAACCCAGAUGGAACGGGACAGCUGCAUGUUCCGGGCCUCAGAGUUAUAGAAGUUAAAAGCUUUCAGCACAUCAAGAAGAUUUUAGCCACAGCCCGAAGGAACCGCAUCACCUUUGGAACUCAGAUGAACCAGCACAGCUCGCGCUCUCAUGCUCUGUUGUGCAUCACUGUUCAGGGCACCGACCUGGCCAGCGGCUCAAAAACCACAGGAAAACUGAACCUGGUGGACCUGGCAGGCUCAGAGAGGGUCUGGAAGUCCGGAGCUGAGGGAGAAAGGUUAAAAGAAGCCCAAAACAUCAACCGCUCCCUGCUGUCACUGGGAGACGUCAUUCAGGCUCUCCGGGCGCGGCAGACUCACAUCCCCUUCAGGAACUCUCGCCUCACCUACCUUUUACAAGACUCCCUGGGUAAAGGCAGCAAGACGGCGAUGGUAGUGCAGGUGUCUGCUCUGGAGAGUAAUGUGGGGGAGACAUUAUGCUCCCUGAAGUUUGCUCAGAGGGUGUGCAAAGUGGAACUGGGCCCUGCAGCCAGGAAGAUUGAAUCUGGAGGAUCACAGCUUGACUAACAGCCAUGAAUCCCCAGGGACUCAUAAAUGAAUCAGAUUAUCAUCCACCCUACAAGCCAAUUUUACACUUAAGUAAAAAAAAAAGGAGGCAGCAAUCCUGAACAAGGGCUAAAUCUGCAGUUGAGGUCAACUAUAGAUCCUCCUCGCCACCAUCUGCUUCUGUCACGGGUGAAACGUUACCAUUAGAUAAUCUGCAUGCUGGCGUAUUUAUUCUUCCAAUCUGAGAGCCAACCUCCCAAUGAUGUAAGACUAGGGACUUGUUUGAACCACUGUAUCUCAUUUGGUUUUUAUCGACAAAACAAAACAGACAUGACACAUCCUCCGCAGCCAUCACAGUGUUUGAGGCUGCAUCAGGGUCAAGAGAGGCCUCCACAGCCACAGUCAGCACUUCAGUUUAUCCAGUAUUACUCAUCCUCCUAUAAAUGUUUGUAGUUUGUGAGCUUCAUUGCUAAGUGUGUUAUGUAUUUGAAGGUUGUCGUGCGUAGGAGUAGCUAUGGUGUGGGCUGCUUAUCAUGCAACAUCCAAGUCAGAUAUGUUUGUAGUUUAUGUGAUUUUCAGAUGAGCAGCAAUUCAAUGCUCAGUAUUUCUUUAGAGCCUUUAUCACUCGCCUUUUGAGGAAACUGGGGGGGACCGUUGUUUGGGAGAAGGUGGCCUUGCAUGGAAUGAAAUGUGCAAUAAUCUCCUGCUGAGGGAGACCGUUUGGGCCUAUGUGGACGGAAGAAGCACUUUAUUGAGGAGGAGCACGAGCAUUUCAGAUCAACGCUUGCAAUAGAUAUCACUAGUAAAAGUCAUACCAAAUACUGCUUACUGUUCCUAUUUGUUCUUCUAUUUAUCACCCAUUGAAUCAAAACCAGCUUUUGAUUCUAAUGUAGCAAGACAUUGAUGUUGCAUUACCUACCAUUGAGUGCUUAGGGGUCACUAAGUCAUAGAGAGUGAAUCUUCAGGUAAUUUCUCAAUAAAUAUGUAUACAAAAUGUGUGUUCUUGCCUUUUUGGAUGCUCGGCGUGAGAUCAGAGGAUCGUGACAUCCACUGCUCAAAAGGUUUGGUAGAAUAUAAAACUAUUAGUCGGAUAAAUUGGAACGAUUUCUAUUAAUCCAUCAUCUCAACUCUGAUUUUUGUAAAUAUAGAAGUACCUU